UUAUCCCUCUUCUUGAUAUAUUUUUAAAACCUAGAAACAACAAAUGCCGUCUUUGGAAAAAUCAAUCAAAGGCAAUAAUUCAACUAAUGAUAGUAUAACAGCCGGAUCAACAAAAAGUGACAUACAAGCGAAAGAUGAAGACUCAAUUACAGUCGACGAAGAGCAAGCCAUAUCUAUCAAUGAAAAAGAAGAGCCAUAUACGGUAUUUUCAAAAUCCAAGCUGAUCCAGUUAUUAAUCAUUACUUCUAUGACUGGUAUGCUAUCACCUUUGACAGGGAGUAUUUAUUUUCCUUCUGUCAAUCAAAUCGAGGCAGAUCUCGGGAUAACAACGGAACAAGUAAAUUUAACAAUUACAGUGUAUAUGGUUCUACAAGCUACAUCACCUACUUUUUGGGGGACUUUGGCAGACAACUGGGGAAGAAGGCCUGUUCUUUUAUUGACAAUGGUAAUUUAUUGCGGUGCGUGCAUAGGAUUAGCAUUAUCACCAAAUUAUGCCGCCUUGAUGGUGUUUCGUAUGAUACAAGCGUUUGGAUCAAGUUCGGUCAUUGCUAUCAGUGCUGGUAUACUCAGCGAUAUUGUCCAAUCUAAAAAACGUGGAUCAUUUUAUGGUUUUUACUCUCUUGGUCAAUCACUUGGUCCAGUAUUGGGACCUGUUAUUGGCGGAAUAAUUUCUGAAAAACUGGGUUGGCGGUGGAUCUUUUGGAUUUUACUCAUCCUUGGUUGCACAAUUUUUAUUUGCGUUGGACUUUUUGUGCCUGAAACCUUACGUUCAUUAGUGGGCAAUGGAUCGGGCUACGCAAACCCUACACCAACGCAAUGGCUAGCACGGCGUCGUGGUCUAUUAGACGAAGAUCAAAUUGCAGCGAAAAAAACUGCAAGUAAUCCUCGGCCCAAAAUGAAUUUCUUGGCUCCUUUUUCAUAUUUUGCCGAGCCAGAUGUAUUCCUGAUUCUUUGGCUAAACGGCCUUGUAUUUACUGUAUUUUAUUGUUUUAUGACAUCCACCACCAAGCAAUAUAGUAUACAUUAUCCAUAUCUCUCCGAACUCGAAAUAGGUAUUUGCUUUUUGUCUAUGGGUGUAGGCACCAUUUCUGGCUCCUUUCUAAAGGGAAGAUUGUUGGAUUAUGAUUACCGUAGUGUAAGCAAGGAAUUUAAGAGAGACUUUCCUGAUAAACCCGAUUCGGAAUUCCCAAUAUUUGUAGCCCGCUUAAGAUCUCUGUGGAUCAAUUUAAUCUUGAUGGAGGUGGCCACACUGAUUUAUGGUUGGAUGUUUAUUAUUAAUGCUCCUUUGCCCGUAGCUUUGGUUCUUCAAUUUCUUUUUGCCAUUAGCGCGUCGGGUAUAAUGACAUCGUCACAAACACUAUUAGUCGAUUUGUUUCCGGGUAAAGGUGCCUCCAUUACCGCGUCAAAUAAUUUGAUGCGUUGUCUCCUUGGUGCUAUGGCGACUGCCUACAUUGGCCCGGGUAUUGCAGGUGUAGGCAUGGGAUGGAUGUUUACAAUUUUGGGCCUUAUUUUGGUAGCGAAUAAUGUAUGCUUAUUUAUUUUGAUAAAGAGAGGGCCUCAAUGGAGAAUGAAUCGCACACAAAGGCAAAAUGGCUCUCUAGCAAAAUCAAGAAGUUUGUUCCGAUGUAUAUGAAUUAGUUGGAAAUAAUGUAAGAAAAUUUCAUCAAUUCCUGUUAUAUGGAUUGAAUUGAUAUCUAUAAUUAUUACAAACACUUUACAUAUCUUUAGUUUAAUAAAUCAUCACCUCGAUAUCAGAGGUUGUACUGUAUAAUGCCAAAAAUGUCAAACCCUGUAUUUCUGCAAUGUUGUGUAACCAAUCCAUUCCGAUGGUCUCAUUUGUUUGUUUGUGUUGUCUUGUUUUUUUUCUCCGUAUUACAUAUCUAACUAUACACCCUAAAAUAAAUCAGCAAUCAAAAUGUUUUUUUUGAUCGAUAUUGGCGAUAUCGCUCAAAAAAUCGAAAAUAUCGAUAUCUCCGAUAUUUUUGAUUUUUUGAUCGCUGAUCGCAAAGCCAAAUUUUCAAAUCUCUAUAAAAACAACCUAUACAUAAAUAAAUAGAUGUAGCAAUACCAUGUUAAUAGAUAAACGUAAUUUUUUAA